ACUGGCAACUGGGUACUCUUGCUCGUCAUGUCCGCCAACAAACCUGAAGGGCGUCGCGAAGAUGCUCUCGCUAAGCAGCGCAUGCAGAUGCGAGAAGAAUUCGAGCGACAGAAGCAAACACUCAUCAACGAGACCGAGAAGGCACGCCCCUCUACAAAUCGCUUUGUGGGGCAGAAUGAUUCUAUGGAGGAGUCUCUAAAAAACAGCACCGUAGGACUGGUGCGUUUGGAGGACUUCCAGCAAAGGAGGAAAGAAUUGGAAGAGAAGAAAGCUAGGGAAGCAGCGAGAUCGAAUGAGUUGAAGGACGACGCGAGAAAGGCAAAAAAGCGCAAGAAGACAUCGAAGGCCACGCUUUCAUUUGCUAUGGACGACGCGCAAGAUGCCGACGUGUCCAGCGAUGCAGCGGGUGACCGUCGGGCUUCUCCCAGAAGAGAGCCCGACGACGUCGAGGACGGACAACCUGCGAAGCGAGGAAAGUUCAGAAAAAACCCCGACGUCGACACUUCAUUCCUUCCUGAUAGGGAGCGAGAGGAAGCUGAACGCAAGGAGCGCGAGCGGCUGCGCCUGGAGUGGCUGGUAAGGCAGGAGGAGGUAAAGCAAGAAGAGAUUGAAGUUGUAUAUUCCUAUUGGGAUGGGAGUGGACAUCGGAAAAGUGUUACGUGCAAGAAAGGCGAUGGAAUCGGUAGUUUCUUGGAAAAGUGUCGGCAACAAUUUCCAGAACUGAGAGGUGUCAGCGUUGACAACCUGAUGUAUAUCAAAGAGGACUUAAUCAUACCCCACCAUUACACAUUUUAUGACUUUAUCAUCAAUAAAGCACGCGGCAAAUCGGGGCCUCUAUUCAAUUUCGACGUUCACGAUGACGUCCGAUUGCUUGCAGACGCCACAAAGGAGAAGGACGAAUCCCAUGCUGGCAAAGUUGUUGAAAGAAGUUAUUAUCAAAGAAAUAAGCACAUAUUUCCGGCUUCUCGUUGGGAGGUUUUUGAUCCUGAAAAGAACUACGGCAAAUACACCGUUGCAUGAACUUCUUAUUAAAUACGAUUCUUUGCUAUGACUUGUAACCAAGUAGUGAAAAUGAUUUUAUUCAGCGUGGUUUAUGACUGG